AUGGCUGUGGCACUGCUAUUUCAAUCAAUACCUGAAGCACUCAUAUUGCAAGUGGGAGAGCUUCCCACGUCUAAACAAGUGUGGGAGGCUAUCAAGACUAGACACGUAGGAGCUGAGCGUGUCAAGGAGGCUAGGCUUAAAAUAUUGAUGAGUGAUUUUGAUAGGUUAAAGAUGAAAGAUACCGAAAUCAGCAGCCCUGGAGUCAAUAUUGAAGAAGUAAAGCUUGUGAAGAAGUUUCUUACGAGUCUUCCCCGAAAGAAAUACAUACACAUAGUAGCCUCGCUUGAGCAAGUGUUAGACCUUAACACGACAAGUUUUGACGAUAUUAUGGGACGUCUAAAGGCAUACAAGGAGCAGAUUGCUGAUGAAGAAGAGCAAGGAAAAUUGAUGUAUGCCGAUGGAGCUUCUAAUCAAACAAACCGUACCCCAAAAGAUCAAACAAACCAAUCAUAUCAAGAACAAGCAAAUCGAGACUACUAUGGAGAUACAUACAUAGGAGGAGGCAGAGGUGGUCGUUCUCAUUACUAUAGGGGAAGAGGUCGAGCUCAAUGUCCAGACUGUCUACUAAAGUUACAGGAGGCUCAAGAAAACGACAAUACCUCAACACAAGAAGCUGAUGAACUUAUGAUGCAUGAAGUAGUGUUCUUGAACGAGAAGAACGACUUGCAAGAGAAUAUGUGGUACCUCGACAACGGAGCUAGCAACCAUAUGACCGGAGAUAGAAGGUAUUUUUCUAGCAUUAACAAUGCCAUUACCGGAAAAGUACGGUUUGGCGAUGACUCCCGUAUAGAUAUCAAGGGAAAAGGCACAAUAUCUUGCACCGACAUGAACGGAGAGUCGAGAAAGAUGACUGAUGUGUACUCCAUCCCUGAUCUGAAGAGUAAUAUCAUAAGCUUAGGUCAAGCAACUGAAGCAGGCUGUUAUAUCAGGAUGAAAGGAGAAGAGUUGACAAUGCACGAUCAAUACGGGAAUUUACUCGUCAAAGCUAGAUGA